UCAAUCUGGUCAGAUCCUCACCACUUCUUCUCCAUUUUUCGGACGCGAGUGCCGGUGCGCUGCGUGUCCCAUGUCUUGCUGUUGGGCUGCCCUGCUUGGACGAAGUGCCAGUCCAGAGGACAAACCCAAGAGGUUAGAGGUCUUGGUUCACCAGCUGAGUGGUGAGCUCCUUUGCCAGCUCUAUGUGGACACUGAAACGACCGUGGAGCUUCUCAAGCACCGGAUUCAAUCUCUAACGGACAUCCCACAGACCAGGCAGCACCUUCUUUGUGGUGGCGCUGCACCGUUGGCCGAAGGUGCCAAGGUGGCAGCGGUGGCCGACGAGCGAGUGGAACUGCAGCUCAUCCAGUCCUUCAAACCGGUGGUGGCUGACUUGCUGCCACCCAAAGACGGCUACGUUCUCCGAAAGGCCAUCAACGACCGAGACGUGGAUUUCUGCUUGGGGCUCUUGACCUUGGAGAAUCUGCCAGGACUCAAUGAGAAGGAUACCAGUGACUGGACAGUGCUGCACCAUGCAGCCUGGUGUGGUUUGAAGGAGGUCUGCCACGGCAUCCUGGAGCGGAGCGACUUCACCGAGGCCAACGCGCACGACAUCUCCGGCUUGACGGCCUUGCAUUGCGCGGCCUGCCGCGGGCAUUUGGGAGCUGUGCUGGUCUUGUUGGCGACCUCUUCCUUCACGGUGGUGAACUCUGCCGACGCUCAGAUAGACCGCAAUGGGGUGGGCUGGAGCGCUCGAGACAUCGCGGAAAGGUAUGGCCACAAGCAUAUCGUUCAGGCGAUAGACGACGCUGACCGGUUUUGGAAGCGUGCACGCAGCUGAUCGCUGAUCUCAUCUUCCGCUGCGGCGCGACUGUUCUGUUCCCAGAGCGGAGA